AUGACCCUUAACUUCCCUGGCGGCAACAAUGUUGCUUUCUCGACGAUUGCGCUUAGCCCUGUUGAUUACGUUGAGAUUGACGGUCAGAAGAUUCCCAAGGCCCCAGCAGGCAAACACUGUGAGCCAAACACAGACUGCUGGCAAGAGGUCAAAAAUACCAAUUAUUUCACCGUUUCGGGAUCCCUGAAAGGACCGCACGCGUCAAUAUCUGUACAACCUGCCGCGAAGUUAGGCGGAAAUCCAUACAUCUUUGUGUUCAAGAGGCCUGACGCUCCCACCCCGACGUUCCCAAAUGACGUAAAGCCUUACUACGUGCAGAUCGUCCCUGAAAAUGAGAAGAUCGAAAGUCAAGUAGUAUUUAUGACCGAACCGGGGAAAGUUACCUGGACUGGACCUUUGGACGCACAAAAGGGAGACAAGAAUAUGCUUAGUUUGAUGGGCAUGACUGGAAUGGACAAGCAGGACCGUGUCUUCUUCACUGGACGCGUGGUAAACAAAGAACGAAAAAUGAUGAUCAAGUUUAAAGAUGGGAAAACACAGACUGUGACCAUGGCACCAAGUUCUUCGCCUGUCAAGACAUCGGUGCUAUUCAUUGAUAACACUAAACCUGCAAAGGGAGUCAAACCUACCGGUGGUAAGUCUACAUUUUAA